UGAUCUAAGAGGCGGAUUUUGAAUUAAAAUGUCAGCCCUGAGAGACAAGAGAAAAGAGUACCUCACUGUGAAGGACCUGCAAAAGCUUUUGGACUCAUGCGAACUGCAGCUAAACCAAAUUGACGAGGUUUGGCCCAACAUAUACAUAGGCAAUGUGGCAAUAGCCCAAAACAGGACAGCCUUGCAGAAAUUAGGCAUAACUCAUGUAUUAAAUGCUGCUCACUCCAAGAAAGGCAGCAUAGGGGACCAAAGAUUUUAUGGCAACGACUUUGUGUAUUGUGGCAUUCCAGCAGAUGACUCUACACACUUUGAUCUGGAUGUAUAUUUCCAGCCUGCUGCCGAUUUCAUUCAUAAAGCGCUGAAAUCACCUGAUGGGAAGGUUCUGGUGCACUGCAUCAUGGGAAUGAGCCGGUCAUCUACCUUGGUGUUAGCGUACCUCAUGAUCUACCAUCGGCUCUCCCUCAAACGGGCUCUGCAGAAGCUGAUCCAAAAGAGAGCCAUCUACCCCAACAGGAAUUUCCUGGCUUUGUUGCUGGAUCUGGAAUUUCAGCUGAUGAGAAAAAAGAAAACAUGCCAGAUCCUGUAAUGAUGGGAGUUUCAUACAUUUUUCGGAUGCUUCCGGAAGCAGCAGAGUCCACAAAAAGACACAAGAAUGUCUUACCGAGGCUGCAGUUUGGUCGCAGAGCAAACACGAGCUCACUGUGAAUUAAGAAAGGGGAGAAAAUUGAGCGGUGAAUGAUAAGGAUAAGGGGAUUUGAUGAAACCUUUAUCUCUCGUGCCUGGUCUAAUGCUGCAGCACCUCAUUUUGUAUCACCGCAAAAUGGACCAAAUGUUACAAAGAAAAUGCUUGAGCGUGUAAUAUAUUUU